AUGUCGUUUGGAGAGUAUUCUCUCCCAACAGACACACUUGCAGCAAUUCUUGGACAGUAUCCUUUCUCUGUCGGCCUAUUUCGUGAGCUAUUACAGAACACAGACGACGCUCGAGGCUCGAAGCAAAUAUUUGUGCUCGACACGAGGAAUCACGGGACGACUACGUUAGUGCAUGAUAAGCUGGGCGAUACACAAGGACCAGCGCUUCUCGUGUUCAAUGACGCGUUUUUCUCAGAGUCAGACUGGGACGCGCUCCAGAGCAUCCAUAGGAGUUCUAAGAAGACGGAUUCAUCUAAGAUUGGAAAGUAUGGAAUUGGGUUUCGUAGCUGUUAUCACAUCACAGACAAUCCACAAGUCAUCUCUGGGUCGACGCUUGCUAUCCUAGACCCUCACCACCAUUUCACUUCGUCGGGUGGCACGCGCUUUGAAUUCCCGCAGAAAUCACAGGAAAUCAAGGACCAACUUGACUCGUUCGACUUCUUCCUCUCCUCAGACGCGCAUGAGGAGGCCUUUCCUGGCUCUAUCAUUCGUUUGCCCCUCCGUAAGCCGGGAACACAAAGCAGCAUCAGCUCCAAGUCCGUCGAUGCUAUCGAAAUCCGUCAGCUAUUCGAUGAUUUUAUCCGCGAAGAGAUCGGGAUCUCCUUGCUGUUUUUGAAGAAUGUCACCUCUGUGGAAGUACACCAAAUAGACCCGCAAGGCAUCCGCCAGUGUCUUGCCAAGGGCACCAUCAGCAGGUCAGAGUCCGUUUCCUGGUCAGUCCAGAAGGAGCGGCAUACUUCUUUUCAGUGCACCACCACCGUCGAGACACCAAAGCAAGGUCGGAUUGAAAAGACCUGGCGAAUUGUGCAUUCGUAUUUCCACGAUGGAGAAUCAACUUCCCUCCUUUCCCUUCGCCUUGGUCACGAUCCCCGUCCUGUAUUAGCGAAGCACAAGCUACUUUCCGAAAUGGCCAUAGCGAUUCCGCUAUCCAUACUUGACACUGAGGAGAGGGGCGGACGCUUAUUCACUUAUUUGCCGCUCCCUCUUCGCACUGGUUUCCCUGGCCACGUUCAUGCACUAUUCGCUUUGACUGCGUCACGCCAGAAUCUCAACAACGGUGGAGAAAUUGGCAUCGUACGGGGAUCAGAAGACAGCGUCCUGGUUGAAUGGAAUUAUAUUCUGUUUGAAAGCUUUCUACCACGAACGUGGACCGCUUUAUUGAAAGUUCUCCUCCAGCAAGACCAACUUGGCGAUGUGUUUCGCGCAUGGCCUCCUGCUCAGAGUGGUGUUUUCGGAGGUGACACCGCUUACUGGCAGGCACUCCCUGCGAAGCUUUUAGAAUGCAUUGUCUUAGCCAAAGCGGAGGUCUGGCCUGUCUUCCGUGGCUCAAAAGCAGAUGGGCAAAUCCUCUUCGCUGAGCUGGGUUCAGUCUUACUGGCCCCCACGGACGUGGACGAUGCCACGCUUUUAGCGCUCACCAGCGCAGGACUGCGGUUGUGCAAACUACCCGAGUACAUAUUCAAGCUGAUUAACAGCGGUGGAGUCAGCUCUGCUCGAUACACACUGCUGUCUCCGGCUGUUACCUAUCGGCAAUUAUUAACUCGUGUCGCUGAACUUCGAGCGCUUGACGACCCCCAGCGGUUGACUAUUCUCGAGUAUUUACUCCGCGGUAACCAGUUGGAGAACAUUGCGGGACUCCCUCUCCUUCCCCUCAUCGACGGGACUUUCUGCACACCCGUGAAAGCGGGGACUGGAGAUACGAAUAUUACGAUUAUGGAUCAGCUUGAAAGCGAUAUCUUUGGCAGAGUAGAAAGCCAAGCUGUAUCCCUUCCUGCGAUUCCCCCGCGACUUCGAGAUCUACUUCGCAGUGAAGGGCCCACGACACUCAAUCUUAUUCUCCUUUCACCCCAGCGAGUUGCGGAAUUUCUUCACAUGUCACCGUUGGGGUUUGAUCUCACUCAAAGGCAUUCCGGGAACGUCACAGAUGCACUCGUUGGCUGGCUAAACCGAUUUUGGGCUUGGGUGGGUGACUGGCCGAUGCGAGAUGACCUCUUCUCCCGCGUCAAUACCCUGUGUCUUGUCCCCGCAGAUACCAGUUUAGAGUCUCCAGAAGUCGGUGUAUUCUCGACCCACGUUACCGAUCUUUUUGCUCUGCAAAAAGUACUGCAGGGUCUAGGAAUUGCCUUUCUCCAUCCUUCGUUUUCGGUUGAAGCACGCAAGGGACUUGGCUUUUAUCCCCUUGUUCUCAAAUCAAUUUUUGACAUUCACCUUGUGCUCGACCGCAUUACGGUCGGCUCAGACGUGACAAAACUCGAUGCGGAUGGGUUGUCGAUACUUUCAAAGCACGUGGUCGACUGCAUGAUCCAAGUUGGUCCUCAGCGGCCGCUGAAUGAGGAACAGCAAUCCACCUUGCGAUCUCUGCCUAUUUUUCCUCUCUUGCAGCCAUCGGUUAUAACUCCUGUUCCCGUGACCGACGAAAAGCCCUCGUCUCCUUCAAAGCGCUUGUCUGCAUUCAAGUUGCCCAUCCUCCACCGUAAAUCGAAGAGCUCUGCUAGUAACAUCAUAAUGCCCCUGCCCAGCACCUCACCUCCUGAAUUCAAGAGUAUUCCAACACAAGCCAAGGUGUACGGUAUUCCUACAAACAGCAGUGUCCUCCUUCCCACUAUCGAUGGAGUUGUUUACCUUGACGGUGCCCAUAUCAAUCUGGCUAUUUUGGGACAACUUUCGACUACUAACGCCAUACCCCUACUACCGUUGGAUAUCCUUAAUCUUGCGGUCGAGCAUUUCAUUGGGCAGAAGAAGACCAUAAGGGCUGCUCUUCUCGAUUACAUCAACCAGAAUCGAGAUUCCCUACCCCCAAACCUACUCAAGACCAUUCAGCAGGUCCCUUUUGUGGCGGUACUUGAUGGCACAAUGCGCUCGCCGUCUUUCGUCGUUGACCCAACGAAACCAGAGCUGAUCGCCAUAUAUGCUCAACAGCAAGAACGCAUUCCGGCUGCAACACCAGAAGACAUUAUGAUCCUUCGACAUUUGCGUGAUCUUAACUUGAUCAACACUGCGCUCACACUAGAAAUGGUUACCGAGCGAAUUGAACACAUAUCGCUGCUCUCUCAAUCCAACCCUUCACACGCGACAAACCUUUCCUUCUCUCUUCUCGCUACGCUUCAUUCGUCAGACCUCGAUUGCUCGACACUCUACAUACCCUUCGGCGCUAAAUGGUUGCCCACCGAUCGGGGCCUGGUCAGUACCACCGAAUGUUUCGACAGCAAUCGAAAGACGGAACUAUUUGAUGAAGUCCUCGCCGUCCUUGAUCCGACAGUUGCCAUCUCUGAAUCAUUGCGAAAGAAACUUGGUUGGGAUCAGCCUCUUCAUUUUCGUACUCUUCGAUCCCAGUUUGAGGUGGUCGUCAUCCGUGGCGCAUCUACCGCAGCUGUCAAGCUCGAUCGGCUGAUUCGUGAGCUCAGCGAACGCUCUCUUACAGAUACGGAAAUGGGGGAAUUGAGGACUAUUGUUGUGGGCCGUCAGUGGGUACCCAUUGCUCCAGGGCGCCUCGCAUCCACAGACCUGGCUAUCUUCUCAACAACAUUGGGCUUGCGCGGUUUCCAUCGCAUCCCAGCUUCUUUAGCUGAACAGCCGCAAAUCUGUAAUUUUUUGGCGCGGAUGGGGUGUACGGAUAGGCCCUCGGCAGGAUUUCUUGUGGCCCACUUGAGGGCGUUGGAAUCGGUUUCUGCAUCACGUGAUAUCACAGACGAAGCGAUUGCAUUGCUCUCUGUGAUUGCUGAGGACCUCAAGUCGGUCGACCGUGCCCAAGUUCUUGUCCCUGAUAAUAAUGGAACGCUACGGCCCAUCUCCGAGGUUUUCUUUAAUGACGUUGGUGACCGUGCUUUCUUGAUUGAUGUGGGAAAGAGAUAUAUCGCACAUCCCAAGCUUUCUGACGAGUUGAGCAAACGGCUUAUCAUGGAUCGUUUGGGUUUCUCCUCUGUCGAGUUGACCCCUGGCAUUGACAUGGGCGAAACUUUGACGACGACGAUUCGCAACACUUUGAAGCAAUAUUCUGAAGCUCAGAUUAUCAACGAAUUCUUCGCCAAUGCAUGCGACGCUGAGGCGAACAAGUUUGGUGUCCUUAUCGAUGACUUUGGGGGUUCCAAAACAAACAAGCUACUUUCUGCGGGCAUGGCCCCAUUCGUCAAUUGCCCGUCCAUCGUCAUUUAUAACAACGGCAAGUUCACUGCGAAAGAUUUCGAAGGCAUAUGUCGAACGGGAAUCGGUGGUAAGGCGGACAAGACCAACACCAUUGGCCAAUUCGGUCUCGGAGCGCUGUCAAUGUUCCAUUUCACUGAGAUGGCUAUGAUUGUAUCGGGCACGAAAGUCAUGUUUCUUGACCCGUCUAAGAACCACUUGCCAAUCCAGGGUCGAGCAUCACUUCUGCUACCUUUGGAUCAGGUCAAACGUUGGUAUCCUGACCAUUUACAGCCACUUGAUGGUCUGUUCGAUUUUUCCAUGAAGCAGAAUGGGCAAUAUCACGGGACGAUUUUCCGCUUACCUCUACGUCGUUCCUCCCAUAUUCUAACAUCAAAUGCUAUUCUGACAUCACCUCGCAACGUGACUGCACAAGCAGUAUGGGACAAGAUCGUCCGACCCUUCAAGAGCUCAGCUCAACUUUCGCUUUUGUUUACUUCAAUGGACCAAAUUGCGAUCUAUACUCGAGACACUCGAGGUCAUAUACAAUCAGGGUGGACUAUCUCUGCUUCUCGUGAUGGUCUCGAAACGGUAUCGACUUCGCCUCGUUUACAAACCCAAGUCGUCCGCAUCCGUGUCCCAGGAUCGGAGAUUGGCACGGAGGAAUUCAAAGUUGUUUACACGACUCGCUCUCAGAGCGACAUUCCUUCACAAUUCUCCCCACUUGUAGCCCCCCUAUCGACUCAGAUCACCUAUCGUUACAUGAACUUGUUCUCGGCGCUGCCAUUGCCCUUGACGAGCACCCUACCGGUUCACCUCACCGCCUCGUUUAUACUGUCUCCAGAUCGCAGGAAUAUCAGGUUGGACGAGUAUGGUUCUGAAUCCAAGUACAAUCGUUGGUUACUGAGUGAUGUCGCUCCACCACUCUAUAUGUUCUUGCUGGAGGAUUUAUUGCGGACUCAGGCCCAUCUUGGCAACGCUGCUUGGUGGCCGGGGAAUCGUAGUAACCAAGAUGCUGUCUCACAAAUUUUCGUCGACGCGUUCUAUUCUUCUGCCCAGCUUGGCUCUACGAAGCGUCGCAUCUGUGCAAGUGUCUUCGAAACGCAGCAAUUUCGCCCAAAUGAUGUCCUGCUGGGGAGUGAUGAACCAGUUCCGAUCAGCAAGGUUUUGGGGUUGCUCAAUGCACCUCACAUAGUCCGGCUCCCUUCCAAGAUUAGGGAGCGCGCGGCAGCAUCUAUGAAGAUAAUCAGCCCUCUUAUCGUGAAGAAUGAGCUCAAGGACAAAACACGACUGUUGGCUAGUUUGUUCCAAAAAGGUGAAAUUACAACGCGCGACAUUCAAAGCGUUGUCGAUUACCUCUGCGAAGAUAGGAGCGUCAGCCUUGAUGGUCUCGGAGUUUUACCACUGGCCAACGGAAAAUUAGCUGUCUUCGGCUUAUCUCCAAAUUAUUUUGUUUGGAAGCCUACUCAAGGUCGUGAAUUAUUCAAGUCCGAGUACUUGGUCGCACCGGAUUUCGUUGCGGAUAAGCUCCUCGAUCGUGGUUUGAAUGUCAGCAAGUUUAAACAAGAGACCAUGGAUGUGUUGAUUAAGCAGCACUUUCGAGAUGGUUCCGAGAGACACCUGUCUUUGGUCGAGGAAGAAUGGGUCAGGACUUUCUGGGCUGAAUAUCCCAGUUUUGGAUUGCCGCCCAACACGAAAUUCACCAAUUACCCGCUCGUCCGCACAACUAAACCUGGCCGGUAUGUGUCGAUGGGACAUUCCUGGACAAUAAAUGUUGUUCUUCUUGGCAAUUCGGAUCCGUACUUUUUAGCAGGCGUCUUAUCCGAGCUUGGACUUGCUGUUGUGAUUUACGAUAGCAAAGAACUCGCCAAACCUUUGCGCGACCAGCUGAAAGCACAUCACAACUUCACUUUCGACCGUCUUCUGCACUACUUCCAGAAGAUGGAGUCGUCGAUCGAUACCCGGUUCAGCAAACUCCCUCCUGCGAUGCAUGCGGAGUUCGCAGAGUAUGCCCGGAACAAAGUCAUCUCGACGCCAGAGAGCUUGAUUCCGAUAGCAGCCGCGUUGCCCAUCUGGAAGAAGCUUCAAAAAGAUCAAGAAACCACCUUACACAAAGCCUCUUCCUUGAAGAUGCUGCCUUUCGGAAUCUCGAGGGCAACCGCCUCUCAUUUCAUUGGAGUCCCCUCUGUCGAAUACAAUGCUGCCCUGGUGCAUCUCAAAGUCGUACCGAUGGAUUUUAAUCAAUUCUGGACCAACCUCAAGUUGCCGACCGUCUUGUCAUCGGAAGAACAAACGGCCUACAAACAACUGCUGACUGCCAUGCCUUCCAAUUUCAUCUACGAUCCCGAGGCAAUAUUGCUACCAGACGGCAACAGACGACUUGUGAAAGCGAAGUCUCUUUAUGUUCGACACGCCCUCUUCGUCGCUGCCUUUGGUUCUGAUGAAUCUUCAACGCAUUUCGUGCUUGACUCGUUCAGGGACCUGGAGCCGCGUCUGGUUGGAAUGGGCUUGAGGAGUCAUACCAACCUUGAUAUUGACACCUUCAAAGAAUGUGCAAGAUCGAUUCAGGCGGCCACUGAGCAGCCCAACAUCACCUCUAGGGCCAGGGUCGUUUUCAGGGCAUAUGCUGAAGACAUGCCACUGCGCAUCACAACUUUCCAAAGCAAAGUCUGGAAGGAGAUAGAUCGUAUUCAGUUUGCCCCUCGAGAGCCUCUUCGGAGCAAAACCAUGGCACUCGACGACACAUCUCCAUAUGUGAAACCGCUUCCCACAAUCGUCGCCCCAGACCAAGUGCUCCUCGCCGACAAUGAGGCUAUUGCGUGGACACAACGUGCCAUCCUUCUCGUUUCUCCUGACGAGCGUCUGUUGCGCGCGAAUCCUAGCUUUGGACAACCAACUCCGCGUGAGGUGGUCGAACAUCUGCGGGUGCUUGCGUUACGAAUCGCCAAAGACUUUACCUCAGAUGUCUAUGUUCUUUCAGACCUGGAAGCAACGUACAAAUGGCUUGACGACCAUCAAGACGAGGUGGAAGACGAGAUUAUAGAGUUUCACGACGAGCCUCUGUUUCUCAAUGUAGAUGAUCCCAAAUCAGACCCUUGGGUGUGGCACUCAGCGGAUGAAAUGUUUUUCAACAUUAUGGACGGUGGCGACCUCAAGUCGGUCAAGAAGUCCCUUUUACGGUUCCGUGAUCUUCUCUCUGUUGCUGGUGUUGAAGACAUCAUACAAGCACCAGUUCCUGGCCUCGAGCGGUCUUCGAUCGACACCCAGUUGGGCAUUCUACGCAGGGGUUUCCAGAUGAUGCGUGAAGAGGGAAAGCUGACGGAUGUUGUGUUUGUUUGUGACGAUGAGACGAGGAAGCCUGCCCACAGAGCCUGGCUGGCGCCGAUGAGCGAGUAUUUGAAUGAUCUGUUUUGCGGGUCGUUCACCGAAGCCGGGCCGGGCACUGCUGACGACCCCAUUGUUGUAGAGGUGGACUACUCUGGACCAUGCGUCGAAACGGUGUUGGAUUUCAUGUAUACUGUCAAGCCACCGUCAGUUGAGCGCCUCGACGACCUUCUCGAUGUGAUGGACCUCUCCAACUAUUGGGGCCUCGAAGAACUGAAUCUGCUGGUGCAGGCGAAAAUCAUAGGCAACUCGCAAAUCUCACCCGCGACAUAUGAAGAUGUCUUGGAACGAGCAACAGCGCUUGACGCCAAGUUACUUCUUGACGCUUGUGAGUUCUUUGCGCAAAAGAACAAGGAAGCGAUUCUGCGUCUCAAAGGAGAGCUGAGUGGGAAACGACGGACUGCCAAGCGGCUUCCGAAGAAGUCUAUGACCUCUGUUGUGUCGGGAGGUAGUAAGGACAGCGAUACUACUGGGAAGCUGAAGAUCAAGCCUAUCAAGGCAUCAAAGACGGUGGCCAAGGGUAUUCUCAAGGGUCUAAGGAAGGUAGGGGACAGCUGGGACUUUAUGUCUUGA